AUGUCCUUCACUGAACAUUCAAACACUAUUUUCAAAUCACUUAACGUUGUAGUGGCUGGUUUAACCGUGUUGUCUACAUUAUUACUUCAAUUGUUUUUUGGCGGAUUUAUUGGUUUCAUUUUAUCCCUAUAUGUGAUUAUUAUCUCAACAACAAUUAUAUUUUUGGAAUUCAAGCCUAUUCCAGCGCUGUAUAAAUACGCAAGUUUUUAUUAUAGUUUCAUUGGAAGAGGUUUUUUACAUAUAUUGUUAGGCUUUAUUAAAUUGAAUAACAGGCUUAAAAGUGGAACCAUUAUAAAUAUUCUUAUUUCAAUUUUAAAUAUUAUCGUUGGUUUAGCCUAUAUUCUAUUACAAUUCAAUACUAAGAUAGAUCCUCCUAAUAGCUUUAAUACGAACACUGUUACCUCUAUUGAAGAUGGAAUUGAGGAAGCAACUUCCGAUGAUAUUAUCUAG